UCUAGAUGACUCUAAAAGUAAAUCAGCAAUUGUGAUAUUAGGAACACAGAAAUCGGAAUGGGUUUUCUCACUGUCAGUCUUUUGCUAUUUGUCUUAGGGGUUAUGUUUUUCCUUGACAGAGCUCUAUUAGUGAUGGGGAAUUUAUCAUUUUUGAUUGGUCUUUGCUUAUUGAUAGGAAUUAAAAGUACAUUGUCAUUCUUCCUAAAAAAAGGUAUUUAAUUGGUGUUUAGUCUUAGGCAAAAUUAAGGGAAGCAUUAUUUUUUUUUUGGGAUUCUUCAUCAUCAUAUUUUUUAGAUUAUCAAUUAUUGGAUUUCCAUUGUAAAUUUAUGGACUUUUCCAGAUGUUUAAGUCAUUCCUUCCAUUCCUUUAUGAUAGUGCGACCAAACUCCCAAUUAUUGGCAGAUAUUUAAGUAUGAUUAUUAAAAAUCAUUAAAGGAAAUCCAUAAUUAAAAAAAAUGGUUGAUGAAGUGUCAGCCAAAGGUCCUUCAGUUUGA